AGCAGAAUUGCCCAGCAACCAAUAUCCUUGAACGGCGGCAACACUAAAACGUCCGUCAGUUCCCCUCCAAUUCCGACAACAGUCGACUUGACGCCGUGAAUGGAGCCUUGAAGAGGCAUGGGGGUGAGCAACUGCGGCAGGGUGUUGAGGAGUCUCACCGGCCUUGGUUCCAGCAAAUGGAGCUUGUUUUCCGGCGACGGAACUAACUGAUGUAAAUGUAAUAGUAGUGGAGUCAAGGUGGUCAAAUUCUUAGUAUGAAGAAAAAUCAAGCACCAGUCUGAGCUGGACCUGUCUCAAUGACACUGAUCCAGAGGUUGUCUUCACACUCAAGUCCACUUGGAUCACCUGAUUCUGUUUGGGAGGAAAAGUUGUGUGAUGAUUUUUCUGGAUACGUGAAGUCCAGAUGCAUCUCUACUAUCUGGGUGUUCCCUUUACCUCACUCAAAAGAUUCACACAAAAACUCAAUUGCAUCUCUAUCUGCUCCUCCUGUUACUUGUGUCUUGUAUAUCUUGCUGCUAAUGAAUGAAAUGCACCUUGUUAUGCAUUGGAAGGAACCAAGAAAAUCAGUUCUGGGCAACAACUUCAAGAAAUCAGGGGAGCAUGUGGGAAAAGAUUAAUCUUCCAUGAAGAUGAUGAGCUGCUUUGUUGCGGGUGAUUAUGAAGAUAAUGAUCCUUAAUCAUAACCAAGUUGGUAGAGAUGGACUUGAUUGAAAGAGUUGCCUACCCAUCGAGUCCACUCCAAGGAAUAUUACUGCCGAAGCUAUCAAAUUCUUCUUAUCACAUAUACACUUGUUCUUCUUCUUCGUCUACUCAUUACGACAGUAAUAAUUCUGAACAUUAGACUCACAUAAUUGCAGGACAAAUUACCAAGAAUGACAACUCAUAUUCA